UGAUCAGCUGUGUCCAAUCACAGGGACAUGUACACUGAUCAUCACGGCACUGAUGAUCAGUGUGCCCUGAUGAUCUGUGCGGCUCCAGCAGUGCCACCUGUCAGUGUCCAUCAGUGCCAGCUGUCAGUGCUCAUUCAUGCCACCUGACAGUGCCAAUCAGUGCCACAUUUCAACACCUACCAGUGCACAUCAAUGCCACAUAUCAGUGCCCAUCUGAGCUGCCUUUCAGUAUCACCCAUCAGUGCCAGUCAGUGCCACCUAUCAAUGCCAGUCAGUGCCACCUAUCAGUGCUGCCAAUCAGUGCCACCAAUCAGUGCCAGUCAGUGCCGCCUAUCAGUG